UACAUACACAGACACAUGUACGUACAUACAUACACAGACACAUGUACACACAGACACAUGUACACACACACAUACAUGUACAUACACGCAGACAUAUGUACAUACACACAUGUACAAUUGUACAUACAUACACACACCACUACCACCCCCAUAAAAAGUUGCAGUACUUUGUUGUUCACUCACAGAGCCGGGUUCUGCACUCUAGGGGGAGGCAGAGAGCACAGCACACACUCCUUGCUUUGUUUUCACUGCGCUCAGCUAUUGAGCAGUCUGACGGCUGCCAGUGCCAAUGACAGAUCCCGCCAGAGCUCCGAGCCUGCUCAGCAAGAUGGCCCUGGGGCACACACUCGCCCCCACCAUAAUUUCCACUCGCCAUUGGUGAGCAGGCGAGUGGAAAUUUCAAGCCCUGCCUUACGGUAC